AAUUAUGACAGUCUGAGAAAUCAAACUACAUUUCACACCAAAACUCCUCAUUUUUCUCAUCAAUAUUAAAAAUCAAAGCUUUAUCUUUCUUCAGCCCAUCAAACCUCUUUAUCUUUUUCUCUCAAAAUUAUAUAUACACAGUAUAUAUAUUUGAGAAUGAACAGUUUAUGCUUUCUACUAGCUUGAAAUUUUUACUUGGGAUUCUUGAAGUUUCAGGUACUUGAUCUUGAAGAAUCAACUGGGUUUUCAAGAAAUCUCGAGAAAAGAAUUUUGGAAUUAAGAAUUUAAUAUUAUUGUGAGGAAAAGUUGAAGUAUGGAAAAUAUGAGCAGCAGUGGGGUCACAGUAGUUAGAUCAGAUGCCCCAUCUGAGUAUCAUGUAGCUCCAAGAACUGAAACCACUGUCACUGGAUCAGUUACUCACGUGACCCCCCACGUGGGUGUUUCUCCGGUGCCGGCGCCGGUGAUGGUUGUGCCGCCGGUGGGUGUGGAUGUGACAGCUGUCAAGAAGAAGAGAGGGAGGCCACGGAAGUAUGGCCCAGAUGGCUCUGUGACCAAGGCUUUGUCUCCCAAGCCCAUUUCCUCCUCGGCGCCGCCGCCGGUCAUUGAUUUCUCGGCGGAGAAGCCGCGUGGUAAAGUCCGGCCGGUGGGGCUUACAGCUAAGCAACACCAACCUAAGAUGCAGAUGGAAGGCUUGGGUGAAUGGUUUUCAUCUGCUGGUGCUAAUUUUACGCCUCACAUCGUGACGGUGAAUGCUGGAGAGGAUGUAAUGAUGAAGAUUAUAUCCUUCUCUCAGCAAGGACCUCGAGCAAUUUGCAUCCUAUCUGCAAAUGGUGUUAUAUCCAGUGUGACACUUCGACAGCCUGAUUCUUCUGGGGGUACACUGACUUAUGAGGGUCGUUUUGACAUACUGUCAUUAUCUGGAUCAUUUAUGCCUACUGAAGUUGGAGGAAUAAGGAACAGGUCUGGAGGAAUGAGUGUCUCGUUAGCAAGCCCAGAUGGACGUAUUAUUGGGGGGAGUGUCGCUGGGCUGCUGGUAGCUGCUUGCCCUGUGCAGAUUGUCAUAGGCAGCUUCUAUGCUGGCAGUCGGCAGGAUCAAAGUGCCAAGAAUUUUUUUGCACAGACAGCUGCUGCUCCUGUCCCUAUUACACAAUCUGAUGAUCUUCGUGGUCAGCAAAACUCAGCUCCUCCAAUGCAAAAUCUUUCAGCGACUUCUCUUGGUGGAAAUGGCUGGGCCACAUAUGCUGAUGAGUCCAGGAGCAAACCUACUGACAUCAAUGUGACUUUGCCCGCACCAUUCAAGCCUGCUGAUAUGAACACAACUUUGCAUGCACCAUUCAAGCCUACUGAUAUAAAUGUAACUUUGCCUGCUCCGUUCAAGCCUACUGACAUAAAUGUGACCUUGCCUGAAUCGUUCAAGCCUACCGACAUAAACGUGACUUUGCCAGCAUAAUCUGGAUGAUGAGGCCUUUCCUGCUACUGACCAAAAUGGUUUUGGAUGUCAACCAAUGAAAAUUCUCACCUCCUAUGUGUAACUGUAAAAGUAGUCACCGUGGUCAUUUCUGACCAUGCAGCUAGGUUCUUCCUCCUUUCUUUAACUGUAAAAGUAGUUUUUGCUGUGAUCAUUUCUGACCAUGCAGCUGGGGUUUGAGUUUAAUUUGUGCAGUAGUUUGACUAGGCAAUUAGCUCAUUCUUCAGUUCUAUUAGCGGAUGAUAUGGAAUUUUUGGAUUUGCAGUAUCUGUAUGUGGAGUUAAAUCUUAGUCUCAGUUGAACUGAAUCUGUUUCUGGGUC